GGAGAUGUAAAAUAUGGACCUGCCAGAAUGUGGGAGAGUAAUGUAUAUAUCGAGCAUUCCACUGGAGGAAUCUGAGAGUUUGACAUGCAGAGUUAGAAAUAUUCGAGUCACAGGAAGACUAACUCAUCACAACUGUGUGAAACGACAGGCUACUUUGACCGACCCGCAGACCAGUUCUUUUGUGUGUAUAGAUACUACCCUAGCUGAACCAUUGGAGGGAACAGUUGGCUCUCUGUUUCAGGCGAUUGGACAAUUCGAACCAUCGCAGGAUGGUCCAGUCAUUAAGGCUAGUAUCAUGAGAUGUGUGGAUGGAUUAGACCUUCCGAUGUACAAUCGUGUAUUGGAAAUUCAGCAACAAUAUUUACGAUCUAGAUUUAGUUGAGGAGCCCCGGGAGGGCACAUGCCCUAGAUAAUUAUCAAUGAAACUGUUGUCAAAUAAAUAAAUCAUAAAUGUAUCUUU